UCUCACAAUAACGAUAACAUAACAUUACUUUUGUUUAUUUAUACAAAAACAAACACUCCUUCGUUCCAAUUUCAUUCUAAUAACACAACUCUUCUAAUCCUCCCUCCCUUCCCUUCUCAUCCCUCUCUACCAUGAAUCAACACCAAUUCACAGAUCCAUAAACCAAAAAUAAAAUCCCCAUUUUAACCCUCCAUAAGAUCCACUAAUCAGAAAUAAUUACAAUAACACCCUUACACACAAAAAAAUAAAAAAAUAAAAAAAUGAAGGGUUCAAGCCGAAUGUUUACGAUCGGUUUAAUCUCAUCAUGGUAUUUAUCAAACAUUGGAGUAUUACUAUUAAACAAAUAUCUUCUAACAAACUAUGGAUUCAAAUACCCAAUCUUCUUAACCAUGUGUCACAUGACGGCUUGUUCGUUAUUCAGUUACGUUGCAAUUGCUUGGUUGAAAAUGGUACCAAUGCAAAGUAUUAGGUCACGUCUUCAGUUUUUGAAGAUCGCUACGCUCAGUCUUGUAUUCUGCGUUUCGGUGGUUUUUGGUAAUGUGUCGUUGCGGUAUCUUCCUGUGUCGUUUAAUCAAGCUGUGGGUGCUACUACUCCUUUUUUUACUGCCGUUUUUGCUUAUGUUAUGACGUUUAAGAGAGAGGCUUGGCUUACUUAUCUCGCUCUUCUUCCUGUUGUUACUGGUGUUAUCUUUGCUAGUGGGGGUGAACCGAGCUUCCAUUUGUUUGGGUUUAUAAUAUGUGUUGCAGCUACAGCGGCACGAGCCCUCAAAUCAGUGUUACAGGGAAUUUUGCUUUCAUCUGAAGGGGAGAAGCUGAAUUCUAUGAACCUUCUCCUUUACAUGGCUCCAAUGGCUGUUGUUUUCCUUCUUCCUGCUACACUUUAUAUGGAAGAAAAUGUGGUUGGCAUCACGUUGGCUCUUGCCAGAGAUGAUGUGAAGAUCAUUUGGUACCUUCUAUUCAAUUCCGCACUUGCGUAUUUUGUCAACCUGACCAAUUUUUUGGUCACGAAACAUACCAGUGCUCUCACCCUUCAGGUACUUGGGAAUGCUAAAGGAGCUGUAGCAGUUGUAGUUUCAAUUCUAAUAUUUAAAAACCCAGUUUCAGUCACUGGAAUGAUGGGUUAUUCACUCACAGUUCUUGGAGUUGUACUUUACAGUGAAGCCAAAAAGCGAAGCAAGUGAUUAUGAUCAUGCUGACGCACAUCGUUAUUGCGAAAAUCAGCUGUGAAUUCUCUAUACUUCGACAACCACAAGGUUCCAUGAGACAAAUUUGUUAGAUGACUUUGAUCAGAAACAUGAUGUUUCAUAUUCUAUAUGAGAAUUCUUUUGGCCCCAUAUGGAAAUCCAGUCUCAUUGAAGGGGUUCUCCUUUGUAUUAGCAACUGUCCAGAAACAGCUCAUGGUACAAAGUUCAAGGCAUAUUGAGGAAUUUCUUAUAGUCAUUUAUUCUUUGAAGAAAGAAUUGUAGAAUUGGAGGAUCUCUACUCAUUUGUUAUUUACAAUGCUUACAUUUGUUUAUUGAUGAGAAAAUUCGUAUUUUUGAUUGUAGUCUAUAGUUCCUAAUCAGUCAGUGUAGUUUUUAUAGUUUGUUGAGACAGACAUUCUCCUAUUCAAAACUAAAAAUUACUAUAGUAAUUAUUUGUUGUUGUGUA